CGUGUGGGUCUGAUCUAGUGAAUUCUGCCAUUGUCCCCCCGCGCUGUUUCCUAUCUGGGACGAGCAGCAGGUUUUUCAGACCCGUCUUCGCCAACGGAGCUGCACGUAUUUCGGGGCGUGAUGCGCGACUACGCCGCGUCGACUCUCCAUACAAAAGCACUUCCCCUGGAUUCUCCUUUGCUUCCUACCCUUCCCCUCCCCCACCUGUCAACCAUCGUGCCCACCGUGCACUCCCCGCAUCCUUCCGGAUCGCCUCCCUUACCAUGCCCUCUACGGUGCACACUCAUGCCAAGCCCGAGCUCUAUCACGGGCUCCUGCAGACGACAUUCCGCGGCGUCGAACACGACGUGUCGACGCCCGACGCGUCCAUACAGCAGUUUCGCGGAAUCAAGUUCGCGAGCAUCCCCGCGCGCUUCCGCCAGAGCAAGUUACAUACCGCGUACCCUGCCGUGACGGAUGCGACCGAGUACGGGCCCAUCUGUCCUCAGGCGUACAACACCCGCACCUGCGAAGAGCGCCUGUUUGGCGUUGAUGAUGCGGAGUUGCCCUGCCAGAGACUGAAGCAAAAUGAAUUCGAAUGUCUCAAUCUCAACAUCACCAGGCCUGCAGGCCUGUCGCGCCACUCGCGCAUCCCCGUCAUACUGUGGAUCCAUGGAGGCGGCGACAGAGGCUCUGGCUCGCAUUGGAUGUACGAUGGGGGCAACCUCGUUCGCCGCAGUAUCCUGUGUGGCCGCCCUAUCAUAUGUGUCACUAUCAACUAUCGCCUGGGCCUCUUUGGCUUCGCUGCGAGCCCGCAUCUUCGCGAAGAGGCUGCUGUCUCGGGAGAAGCCGGGACAGGGAAUUAUGGCGUGCGGGAUCAACGAAAAGCCCUGGAAUGGAUUCAUCGCUACAUCAGCGAGUUCGGCGGCGACCCGCGCAAUAUCACGGUCUUCGGCGCGGGGACGGGGGCGUCAGACAUCGUGUACCAUUGUCUGUCCUCGGAGCAUGCUACCCGACCGCUCUUCGCUCGGGCGAUCAUCCAGAGCCCGAUCGGCAUCGAGCCUAGCCUCCCUGACGUUGCGGCGGCGGGCUGGCGGCUGAACCGCGUGAUGGCUGCGAUGAAGCUCAGCUGCUACGAGCAGCUCUGCGAGCUUCCUGCAGAGUGCCUGGUUCCGUUCGGGCACGUUCUGCGCGUCGUGGACGACGGGCACUUCCUGGCGCCUGGGUGGCAAUCUUGCAUCGUCCCACAGGAGGCGCACCACCAUCAUCACCACUUGGAGACUAUCGUGUCUUCUGCGCAUAGCAAGUCACCGGCUCUGCUGUCCCGGCACAGUUCGCCGAUGCCUCAUAUUCACCUGCCUGCUGACCUUCCGCCCCUGAUCAUUGGCGACUGCGUCGCGGACGCGGACCUGUGGGCGCUGCCCAUCUCUCACUGGAACGCGCCCGCGGUCGUCCGUCGCCUCAAGGCCGUCUGCCAAUCGCUCAACAAGUCGACAUCCCUCAUGCGCGCGUACGACUUCGGGACCAACACGUCCGACGAGGAGAUAGCCGAGCACCUGCUGGAACUCGUCUGCGACGCGCGCGUAACGUGGCCGACGCACACCUUCCACGCCGCCGCGCGACAUCAGCGACACGGCCGCGGUGUGUUCCGGUACGUCUUUGACCAGGAGAGCCCGACCCGCCGCAUGGCGCACCACGCUGCCGACCUCAUCUACCUCUUCGACAACCUGCCUACGCCCGCCGCCGUCUCCCCGCCCGCGCCCGUCUUCGACUUCUGCGACCGGUUCGAUGACGUGGACAGCGACGACGAGGAGGAGUCGUACAACUCGCCGCUCAGCGACGACGGCGAUAUGUGGUCGAUGACGACCGUCGACGAGUUCAGCUACAGCCGCGUGCGCGACACGAUGCAGGAGCGGUGGCUCGCGUUCGCGUACGGCGAGGCGCCCUGGGACGAGAACAAGCUGUUUGUCUUCGGACCCGAGGGCGAGGCCGGUGAGCGCUCUGUGGGUGUUCUGGACGGCCGGCGACGCACGCGCGUGUUCAAGGAGGUCCUCGCUCCCUUGGGCAUGGAGCUCGUGCAGAAAAUCGCCACCGAGCUCAGUCGGGGCCCUCCGCUGACCGGCCACCGUUAUGCUUGAUUUGUUCGUCUAUGUUUAUUCUUUUUUCUCUCUUCAACGUACCUAUGCGAACACCCCUCAUCUUCAUUUCUCCCUUCUCAUUGUACAUAUCCUUUCAUCGUCCAUAUCUCCUUCCACCACUUACUUACAUAUCAUUGCCGCUCUUUUCGUCCACUUGGGCCAUCUACCCUCGGUCUGAGCGUCGCUUCAUCUGCUUCAUUCAUCCUUUAUGCGCCCGAGCAUCCCACCACCACCAGCUCGAGCGUCGCUCCCUUCAUAUGCCUCACUCACCCUUCACUUGCUUCUGCUUCAUCCCUUCUCUUGCUUUCACCCCCGCUUUCGAUGGGACUUUGUCGCAGGUUAUAAACGCAGGGCACAAGGUCUCAAAAUGGUAACCAAUGUUGUAUUUAUCCCCAGCUUGUAUCUCUAGCAUACUCGCAUCAAGUGUAAUCGGUACAUAGUAGCAUUACAAAGGAAUGAACAUACGGGAAUUAUUGUUGUC